UCAAAGGAGGCGUCUCGUUCUUUCCUUCCGAAUUCAACCCUGUUCUCUGCGUUUGCUAAAUUUCGAAUCUUGGAUCUUCUGAGAUCUUCUCUUUAUCUUUCCGCAUCUGGGUGGGAUUGAAUUCGGAUCUGUGGAUCCAGAAGAGAAGAACAAUGAAUAAUGGGGAGAUUGAGGGGGCGGAGGACAGCGAAUUCCCACCGUCACAGGGUGGUUUGGGUGGGCGCCAGUAUAGGCCGGUGGUUGCUCACGAUAACGAUCGAGCUGUGGUGGAGAUGUCGUCGCUGGAUCCUGGAUCUUCCUCCUCUGCGUCUUUCUCCAAUCCCCAGCAUUCCCUCAAGAAAAUAAAAGUGAGCAGCCAGCCAAGCAAGGGUUCUGAUGUGAUAGAAGAACCAUUCCCAACUCAUGUAGGUGCCAAUGGCUCUCACAGGGAAUCCAAAUUGGAAUUGUUUGGGUUUGAUUCUCUUGUGAAUAUUUUAGGCCUUAAGAGUAUGACAACGGAACAGGUUCAAGCACCUUCUAGUCCUAGAGACCAGGAGGAUGUUUCUAUAACUCUUGAACGUCCAAAGACUACUACUGUUAAACUGGGGACAAUGAUGGGAGUUUUUGUUCCAUGCUUGCAGAACAUUUUGGGAAUAAUCUACUAUAUUCGGUUUUCCUGGAUUAUUGGUAUGGGUGGAAUUGGUGAAUCAUUGCUGGUAGUUGCUUUCUGUGGCUCAUGUACCUUCCUGACUGCAAUUUCAUUGAGUGCCAUUGCAACUAAUGGUGCAAUGAAGGGUGGGGGACCAUAUUACCUCAUCGGUCGAGCUUUGGGUCCAGAGGUUGGAGUCAGCAUUGGAUUAUGCUUUUUCCUAGGGAAUGCAGUUGCUGGAGCUCUUUAUGUAUUGGGAGCUGUAGAGACUUUUCUAAAAACUAUACCAAGUGCUGGUAUUUUCAGAGAAACUGUAACAAAAGUUAACGGUACAGAAGUUGCGGAGCCUAUUUCAAGUCCAAGUUUACAUGACUUGCAAAUUUAUGGGAUUAUUGUUACCAUCCUUCUGUGCUUUAUUGUGUUCGGUGGCGUGAAAAUAAUCAAUCGAGUUGCACCUGCCUUUCUUAUACCUGUUUUACUAUCAAUUUUCUGUAUAUUUGUGGGGAUUGCUGCAGCAAGGAAGGAUCAUCCAGAAGCUGGAAUCACGGGUUUGAGUUUGCAAACCUUCAAAGAUAACUGGAGCUCAGAUUAUCAGCAUACAAAUAAUGCUGGAAUUCCUGAUCCAAAUGGGAAAAUAGACUGGAGUUUUAAUGCCUUGGUUGGUCUCUUUUUCCCUGCUGUCACAGGAAUUAUGGCAGGUUCAAAUCGAUCUGCCUCACUAAAAGACACUCAGAGUUCUAUUCCUCUUGGAACUCUUGCUGCAACUCUCUCAACAUCCGGCUUAUAUUUUAUUUCUGUGUUUUUAUUUGGAGCUCUUGCAACCAGACAAAAGCUUUUGACAGACAGGCUACUAACAGCUACAGUUGCAUGGCCUUUUCCUGCAAUUGUGCAAUUAGGAAUUAUCCUUUCAACAUUAGGUGCAGCACUUCAGAGCUUGACAGGUGCUCCACGUCUGCUUGCAGCAAUAGCUAAUGAUGACAUCCUACCUGUUCUUAACUACUUCAAGGUUGCAGAUGGGAAUGAACCUUAUAUUGCCACCCUCUUUACUGCCUUCAUCUGUGUUUGCUGUGUCAUAAUUGGGAAUCUGGAUCUUAUCACACCCACUAUAACUAUGUUUUUCCUCCUAUGCUAUGCUGGUGUGAACUUAUCUUGCUUCCUUCUAGAUCUUUUAGAUGCUCCCAGCUGGCGGCCUCGGUGGAAAUUUCACCACUGGAGUCUCUCUCUUCUUGGAGCAUCACUUUGUAUAGUGAUCAUGUUCUUCAUUUCCUGGUCUUUCACUGUGGUCUCUCUAGCGUUGGCUAGUCUCAUAUAUUAUUAUGUGAGCCUCAAGGGGAAAGCUGGAGACUGGGGUGAUGGUUUCAAAAGUGCAUAUUUUCAGUUAGCACUCCGAAGUCUUCGAUCCUUAGGAGCAAACCAAGUUCACCCAAAAAAUUGGUAUCCUAUUCCCCUCAUAUUCUGCCGGCCAUGGGGCAAGCUACCAGAGAAUGUUCCUUGCCAUCCCAAGCUUGCUGACUUUGCCAACUGCAUGAAGAAAAAGGGCAGGGGAAUGUCCAUCUUUGUGUCAAUACUAGAUGGAGACUACCAUGAACAUGCUGAAGAUGCCAAGGCUGCCUGCAAACAGCUCAGUACUUACAUCGACUACAAAAGGUGUGAAGGUGUAGCAGAGAUUGUUGUAGCUCCCAGUAUGUCUGAUGGUUUCCGUGGCAUUGUCCAAACCAUGGGCCUUGGGCAUCUUAAGCCCAACAUUGUGGUGAUGCGGUACCCUGAAAUAUGGCGACGUGAGAACUUAAUUGAAAUUCCUGCCACCUUUGUAGGGAUAAUCAAUGACUGCAUUGUUGCAAACAAGGCAGUUGUUAUCGUCAAGGGACUUGACGAGUGGCCUAACGAGUAUCAGAGGCAGUAUGGUACCAUUGAUUUGUAUUGGAUUGUGAGGGAUGGUGGUCUCAUGCUCUUGCUCUCCCAGCUUCUCCUAACCAAGGAGACCUUCGAGAGCUGUAAGAUUCAGGUUUUCUGCAUUGCAGAGGAGGAGGAUGAUGCGGAGGGGCUAAAGGCUGAUGUCAAGAAGUUCCUUUACGAUCUAAGGAUGCAGGCUGAAGUGAUUGUUAUAUCAAUGAAGUCGUGGGACGUCCAGGUGGAGGGCGGUUCACAACAAGAUGAAUCAGUAGAUGCAUUCACUGCUGCUCAGCGACGAAUUGCUAGUCACCUAGCAGAGAUGAAGCAGAAGGCGCAGAAAGAAGGGACGCCUCUGAUGGCUGAUGGUAAGCCCGUGGUUGUGAACGAGCAGCAGGUCGAAAAAUUCCUCUACACCACCUUGAAGCUGAACUCGACAAUACUACACUACUCUAGAAUGGCUGCUGUAGUGCUUGUGAGUCUACCUCCUCCGCCUCUCAAUCACCCGGCGUACUUUUACAUGGAGUACAUGGAUCUUUUGGUCGAAAAUGUGCCUAGAAUGUUAAUUGUACGAGGAUAUCGAAGGGAUGUUGUCACCUUGUUCACAUAGUUGUCUUUUAAUCACCCUUAAUCGGACUGUAAUUACUAGUUUUCUUGUCCAUUGCUUGCCCUUUCCGCGCCAAAAAAGAGAACCCACCUUUAAUUCUUGUACUUUAGAUUAGCCCCAUUCUUUCACAAUCAUUCUUGUUAACAUUUUAUAUCAGCUCAAGUUUUGAAAACCAAGGAAAUGAGUUUUUGGGAUGA